CGCUCAAAUUGGCAUGCCCAACAGAUGCUUUUAUAAUAUUUAAAAAAAAAUGAUCUUUCGAACUUUAGUUAAAAAAUCAUCGUUGGAAAGCUAUUUAUUGUUAUCUAGGAAGUGUUCCAAUAAAGCUCAAACUGUAACUUUAAUACCAGGCAAUGGUAUUGGACCAGAAAUUGCGGAUGCUGUUAAAAAGAUAUUUGCAGUAUCUGAAGUACCCAUUCAAUGGGAAAGUGUAGAUGUAACCCCUGUUAAAGCCCCAGAUGGAACUUCUCAGAUACCGCAAGCAGUUAUUGAAAGUUUUAAGAGGAACAAAGUAGGGUUGAAAGGGCCAUUAGCUACACCUAUUGGUACAGGACAUCGUUCAUUAAAUUUAGCUAUUAGAAAAACCUUUUCAUUAUAUGCCAAUGUGAGGCCAUGCAAAUCACUCGAAGGGUACAAAACCUUAUACAACGACGUUGAUUUAAUCAUUAUAAGAGAGAAUACGGAAGGUGAAUACAGUGGAAUCGAACAUAUUAUUGUCGACGGGGUCGUUCAAAGUAUAAAGCUCAUAACUGAAGUGGCAUCGACGCGCAUCGCGGAUUUCGCUUUCAAAUACGCUCGGGAAAACAAACGCAAAAGAGUUAGUGCUGUUCACAAGGCCAAUAUCAUGAAGAAAUCCGACGGACUUUUCUUGCAUUGCUGUAGGCUCGCCGCCGAAAGGAACAAAGACAUUGAUUUUGAAGAGAUGUUCUUGGAUACGGCUUGCCUAAAGUUGGUAUCAAAUCCUGCCAGGUUCGAUGUUUUAGUCAUGCCAAAUUUAUACGGCGACAUACUUAGUGAUAUGGGGGCUGGAUUGAUUGGUGGACUAGGACUCACUCCCAGCGCAAAUAUAGGAGACAAAGGGGCCGUUUUCGAAGCUGUUCACGGUACGGCUCCUGAUAUAGCGGGCCAAGACAAAGCUAACCCAACAGCCUUAUUACUUAGUGGCGUCAUGAUGCUCAAGUACUUAGGGUUUCCCGUUCACGCAAGUAAUAUUCAAACCGCUUGUUUCGAGACUAUCAAAGACGGAAAAUGCCGCACUAUAGAUUUAGGCGGCAAUUCUAAAUGUUCCGAAUUCACUGACGAAAUAUGCCGAAAAUUGCAAAAUCUUAUGAAAUAAUUUAUCUUAUUAUUUUUAAAUAGGAACAAAAAAAAUUUUUUUUAUACAAUUUGUUUGCUGUUAAUAUCAUAUAUUUGUGUGUUUAAGUUUUUAAAAUAAAUGUAAUUGAUGUAUAUAAAUUAUUGCAAUAAUUUACAUAUUGUGAUGCGCUUUGUUUUGAGUAUAAUAUUAUACAUAUAUAAGCAUAAUAUAUUAUAUAUUUAGUGAGUACUCUUAAAUCUAAACAAUUAUCUACUACU